CUUCCACCCCGGAAUUGCAGGCAUUAUAUAUGUAAUCACCUCCGCUCUCUAAAACGCUUCGCUUGGUGAACAAACUGCCAGCCUUGCCCCACCAUCAAGGACCGUCCCAACUUCACCAGGAUUAAUGACCACAGCCGCAUCUCUCUUUCAUUAUAGGAUCCUUCCAGCGCAAGCUGCACCGAAAUCUUUACUUUUAUAGCUGGCAACAUCUUAAGCUCAUCUGCGAAUACCACCACGACAGUUCGUCGAAUCGUUGACGCCAUGGCGCUAUCCAUCGCCGAGCUGGACGCGACCGUCCGAACCUUCUAUGAAGGCCGAGGAGAGCAGCAAAAAGCUGCUCAGGCUACGAUGAACCAGUUCAAAGAAGAUCAAGAUGCUUGGCUGCUUGUUGAUAAGAUACUUCAAGAGGCCACAUACCCACAGACAAAGUACCUUGGCUUACAGGUGCUCGACAAUGUGAUUAUGACGCGUUGGAAGGUUCUGCCAAAGGAGCAGUGUCAAGGUAUCCGCAACUUUGUGGUUAACUACAUCAUCCAAUGCUCCUCGUCGGAGGAGUCUUUGAAGACGCAGCGGACCCUUCUCAACAAGCUCAACCUGGUCCUCGUCUCUAUCCUCAAGCAAGAAUGGCCUCACAACUGGCCUACGUUUAUCAACGAGAUCGUUUCGUCCUGCCGCACGAGCCUGUCGAUCUGCGAGAACAACAUGUCUAUAUUACGCUUGCUUUCAGAAGAAGUGUUCGACUAUUCGGCCGAUGCCAUGACAUCUACGAAGACCAAGAACCUAAAAAGCACCAUGUGCCUCGAGUUCUCGUCGAUUUUCUCGCUGUGCAACGAAGUUUUGACUACCGCUAACCAACCUAGUCUCAUCAAGGCAACCCUCGAGACGCUCCUUCGAUUCUUCAACUGGAUCCCCCUGGGCUAUAUUUUCGAGACGCCGAUUAUCGACACCCUCCGUACUCGAUUCCUGAAGACACCUGAGUUUCGAAAUAUUACACUGAAGGGCCUCACAGAAAUCGGUGGUUUGAAAACCGAGGGCCAUGGGCUCUACGACGAGAAGCAGGUGCAGAUGUUCACUGAGGUCUUAACCACCAUUUCGGAAAUUAUUCCCCUGUCGCUGGAUUUGAAGUCUACGUACAGCUCCAGCAACUCAAAAGAUCAAGAGUUUAUCCAGAACUUAGCGCUAUUCCUGUGCAACUUCUUCUCUGUGCACCUCAACCUCAUCGAAAACUUACCGAACCGAGACUUCCUCACACAUGCGCACUUCUAUCUUAUUCGAAUUUCUCAGAUUGACGACCGCGAGAUAUUCAAGAUCUGCCUAGAGUACUGGACCAAGCUUGUUCAGGAAUUAUAUGAGGAGAUGCAGUCGUUACCGAUUACAGAUGUGAACCCCUUAGUCAACAUGGGCGUCGGCGGUCUGUCCAAUGGCGGAGCAUUGAACCCGAAUGUACUGGCUAACUACCCAUUACGAAAGCACAAGUACAACGAGGUUCUCUCGAACUUGAGGACAGUCAUGAUCGAGAAGAUGGUUCGGCCAGAAGAGGUUUUGAUUGUGGAGAAUGAGGAGGGAGAGAUUGUUCGUGAAUUCGUCAAGGAGAGCGACACCAUUCAAUUAUACAAGACAACCCGCGAGUGCCUGGUUUACCUCACUCACUUGGACGUCGUUGAUACUGAGAAUAUUAUGACUGAGAAGCUGUCUCGGCAAGUCGAUGGCAGCGAAUGGUCCUGGGCCAACUGCAAUACGCUAUGCUGGGCUAUCGGAUCGAUUUCUAUGGCCAUGAAUGAAGAGACCGAGAAACGAUUCUUGGUUACUGUCAUUAAAGACCUCCUUGGCUUAACGGAAAUGAAGAGAGGGAAGGACAACAAGGCUGUCGUCGCCAGUAAUAUCAUGUAUAUUGUCGGACAGUAUCCGCGGUUCUUGAAGGCCCACUGGAAGUUCUUAAAGACUGUUGUGAACAAGCUUUUUGAGUUCAUGCACGAGUCGCACGAGGGGGUUCAGGAUAUGGCAUGUGAUACAUUUAUCAAAAUUGCUCGGCAAUGCAAGCGCCACUUUGUUGCCCUUCAGCCAGGCGAGCAAGAGCCGUUUAUUGAGGAGAUCGUGAGGACAAUGCGGAAAAUCACUUGCGACCUAUCUCCUCAGCAAGUUCAUACAUUCUACGAGGCAUGCGGUUACAUGAUUGCUGCCCAGCCACAAAAGAAUGCCCAGGAAAGGCUGAUCGCUGAGCUCAUGUCCUAUCCAAAUGCCGCUUGGGACACCAUUAUUGGCCAGGCUACGGCAAAUCCAGCGAUAUUGCAAGACGGAGAUACGAUUAAGGUCAUUGGCAACGUCAUGAAGACCAACGUAUCCGCCUGCACAUCUAUCGGAAGUUAUUUCUACCCUCAGAUUGGGAAGAUCUACCUCGAUAUGCUUUCCAUGUACAGGGCAACCAGUCAGAUGAUUUCUGAGGCAGUGGCUAGGGAUGGCGAGAUUGCCACCAGGACACCCAAGGUCCGUGGCCUUCGCACGAUCAAGAAGGAGAUCUUGAAGCUUAUCGAGACCUAUGUCGAGAGAGCAGAUGACCUCGAAAUGGUACGCACCAACAUUGUGCCUGCCCUGUUAGACGCUGUCUUGGUCGAUUACAACCGCAACGUGGCAAACGCGAGGGACGCUGAAGUCCUGAAGGUCAUGUCCAUCAUCAUCCAGAAGCUCUCUGGACUUAUGGAAGAUCAAGUACCGGUCAUUAUGGAGAACGUCUUCGAGUGCACCCUAAACAUGAUAAACAAGGAUUUCUCCGAGUUCCCAGAGCACCGUGUGGAAUUCUUCUCGCUGCUACGCGCCAUCAACAUGCACUGCUUCCCAGCACUCCUCAAGUUGGAUAACAGGCAAUUCAAGUUCGUCAUCGAUUCAUGCAUGUGGGCAAGCAAGCACGACAACCGCGAGGUCGAAUAUGCAGGCCUUAACAUGUGUCUCGAGCUUAUCACAAACAUUGCCGACACUGACCCGCAGACUUCAAGCGCUUUCUUCCAGCAAUUCUUCCUUCCUAUUCUCCAGGACGUCUUCUUUGUUCUCUGUGAUAACGACCACAAGGCUGGGUUCAAGUCGCAGUCAACACUUCUAUCUCGCAUGUUCUACUUCGUCCACCCAGGUGACGGCACCCAACCUAAGAUCCAGGGUCCCAUCUACCCCGCCGACCAAGCCCCAUCAGGCACCAGCAACAAGGACUUCCUCGGUGGUUUCGUAGCAAACCUUCUCCAGACCGCAUUCACCAACCUCGCCCCUCUCCAAAUCAAGUCCUUCGUUGAGGGCCUCUUCACCCUCAACCACCUGACCGAUAAGUUCAAGCUCAGCCUCCGCGACUUCCUGAUCCAGCUCAAGGAAUUCUCAGGCGACAACACGGAGCUCUACGCCGAAGAGAAGGAGCAGCAAGAGUCCGCUGCACGUGCCGCCGAGCGCGAGCGCCUGUCGAAGGUCGGUGGGCUCUUGAAGCCGUCCGAGCUCGAUGAGGAUGAUGAGCUAUAAAUGGAACGGGGAUGUAGGGUGCGUAGGGUAGCGACGCUCGUUUGACCCCCUCCCCCGCUGGGUCUCUCGGUGGUCCGAAGGGUACUGCUCUAUGAUAAUGAGGGCGUUCAUAAGUUCCGCUUUUAAUUUUUGAGUCUGAAAAAGGGGGUUGCUUUCUGCCGGGGCCCCGAUGAUUUUAUUUUUACUUUCUAGAGUUGGUGUCUCGCUCGGCCGAUUUUGUGGGCAGCGAAGAGGGAAGG